ACUGGCUUGGGUCAGUACAGUAGUUUAACCGUCGUUGGAUAUUAUCCACGUUCGGAGGGUGUUCAGCGGGAGGGCACGCGCUCAGUGUGGAGGCUAGCAAAGGCUAGAGCAAAACCGGCGCGGCCAAAGGCUAGCAAAAACAGGGUAACCCCGCAUGUAAAAGAUGGCCUCAGAGAUCAGAGAUCACCGGGGACACUCUUCGGCAACACCCUACACCAAGGUUUGCACACCCAGCGGCAACAACCCCAGGAGCGACAGAGCAGGACACUGCUACCCCAACCAAUACUAGUAUAUGUUUAGCUCACGGAUCCCCGGCUUUGGUGGCUGGAGCCCAUUGCCGCAAGAAGAGGACAAUGGAGAGCAACAGCUUGAAAUGACAGACUUCCAUUCUUGUCCCUCGUCGCUUGACAAGCAGAAAGGUCUGUUCUCAACAUACAGAUGGCCAACGGCGGCCUCGGCGAACGGUCAAGGCCGCCUUCGUACCGGUAUGACCGUUGCUGUUACUGUCGUUCUCGUGAUUUCGGUGGCGGCAUCAAUCUGGAAGGGAACGACUGAACGCCUCGAAGGCGCUGCUGGCGAAGGUCAACUUGGGAAUUCUUCUCUGGCCCGAGAGUCGCCAAGCCCUACCACAGGCACGGGCAGUAUUCCGAUCCCGUCUCUGCCCCCCACGGCCACUGGAGCGCCCCGCCAAGAGCCGCCUGCAAGCCCAACUUCUACUGCAAUCGCCGUCGCCAGGUCCUUCCUCCCACCAUACACGUUGGAAGCCAUUUCCAGAAAUGCCUCUUCUCUACAAGCACAAGCUCUCGCUUGGUUAGGAGAUCAUCAUCCAGAAUUCAAUGAAGGCAUGCCGGGUUGGCGCAAGCAGCAAUUGGUGGCUUUGGCAACUGGAAGAAAUUCCAGAAGCUGGAUCGCGGGCCAAAUUGCACAAGGGACGGGCGAUUCGAUUCCAAACUCUGCUAAAUUUGGCUGCUGGAAGGUAAAAACUUAUCACCUGCCUCCCGAGAUCGGCCUCUUGACUUCCUUGACACGGAUUAAUUUUGGCAUGGGUCGUCCAAGAGGUAGACUGCCAAGCGAGUUGGGAUUGCUGACAGAACUAACUUUUCUGAGCCUGUUUUCCAACUACAUGACUGGGACGCUUCCUCAAGAGCUUUGGCGUCUUUCCAAGUUGGAUGAGCUUACUCUCUUUAGCAAUCGAUUUCGCGGGCCACUGUAUUCGGAGAUGGGUUUGAUGACAGCUCUGACACAUUUAUCCUUAUCGAUGAAUGAUUUGACCGGUACCAUUCCGCAAGAGCUACAGAAGAUGACAGCAAUGGAAUCCCUCUACUUGGGCGGCAAUCAAUUUACUGGGGCCCUUCCUACAUUGGGGAACAUGACGUCCUUGGUCAGCUUUGAGCUCUUUGGCAAUCCUCGCCUGACUGGAACAGUUUCUCCUUGGUUCUUGAGAUCAGCGUCCAAUUUGAAAUAUUUGGAAAUUCUAAACACAUCUUUGACAGCUAGCAUACCUUCGGAACUGUGUCUCUUGACCUCCUUGAGAACGCUCCGCCUUUUUGACAAUCCAAACUUCACGGGAACAGUGCCGCCUUCAUGCUUGGCAUCCUUUUCUGAUUUGGAAAUCCUUCAGCUUGACCGCACGUCCAUGACAACAGGCAGCUUACCUUCCGAGCUAGGGCUUUUGACAGCCAUGCAAGAGCUGUAUCUUCAGGACAACCCAUCCCUCACUGGUACAAUUCCUCCUCCUGUUGUGGCAUCAAUGCGGAAUUUGACGUACUUGACUCGACUUUCUUCAAUACUUCCUUGACGGGCACCUUGCCAGCUGAUCUUUGUUCGUUCCGUGGAUUGCAACACAAUAGCAUUACUCUCGGACAGAUUGAAAAAUAGAUUGCUCCAAGAUGUCUUGUCCAUCUUGUGUGCCUGAUAAUUUGAACUGUGUGUGCCAUGACAACAUGGCAGAUAAUCAAUAGCAUGAAAGGUACGGUAGCAAACACUUGGGACCAAGGUAGUGUAGCUGCUGCUAACGUCUGACUUUUUUGUUUUUGGU